GGUGCUGAGCCUGCGACGUUGCUGAGAGAGAGAAAGAGAGAGAGAGGGGGAAAUCUUCUUUUCUGCUCCAGCCAGUGGACGCACCAUCUGAAUGGGACAUAAGUGAAGGCCUAAAUGUGUCUGUUGUGUACCACGACCACAGAGGAAUCGUAGACAGUACAAGAACAGCAAAACAGCUCGCAGGAAGUUUCCAGUGCGAGCUUGGAUGCCAAACUGGGGAAAAUCCAUCUCCCUGGGUUUCUCCAGAAAGGAUACACACAAUUAAAGGCAGGAAGAGCUGUGUAAACGUCUCUGAAGAGGGAGGACACAGAAAAUAGAUAACAGAUCCCUCCAAGGUUCCAUGCUGCCCUUGAGUCAUACUGACAGCAAGUCUUCAAAGAGAGAAUGAAGACCUGUUGCUUCCCUUCAAAUUGUACUUCAAGAAAAUAUGACAUAUUGUGGAUCUGCUGCUAAUCACCACGAUGCUGAGACGGGCAUUGUAAAUCCUUCACUCCAUCUUCAGUUCCUAACCCAGGCCCAUCUCUUUUCGAAGUGUUCCCUGGUUUUCCUUUUCCUGCAAGAAAAUUCUCCUACAUCUUUACCCUGAUUGCAGUCUUUACAGUGCUUUUUUUUUUUUUUUUUUUUUUUUUUUUACAUCAUGCAGCGUGCUUCCCCCAUUUCUGUUCUCCUCCCUCUUACACUUUCUUCCCUCUUGUUCUUUUCCUGUUUUCCCAACACAGCCAACGGGGACUGCUGGCUUAUUGAAGGAGACAAAGGCUAUGUUUGGCUAGCUAUAUGCAGUCAGAACCAGCCUCCCUAUGAGACUAUCCCCCAGCAUAUAAACAACACAGUCCAUGACUUGAGACUAAAUGAAAACAAGCUGAAAGCUGUGCUUUUCAGUUCCAUGUACCGCUUCACGAACUUGACAGACCUCAACUUAACCAAGAAUGAAAUCAACUAUAUUGAGGAUGGCGCCUUUGCUGGACAAGCCAAUUUACAGGUUCUUCAACUGGGUUACAACAAGUUGACGAAUAUCACUGAGGGCAUGAUGAGAGGGCUUGGCCGGAUGCAGUGCCUCUUCUUACAGCACAACCUCAUUGAAGUUGUUGCAAGCAAUGCAUUCUGGGAGUGUCCAAGCCUCAGCAGUAUCGACCUGUCGUCCAACAAACUCGCCCGCAUCGACCCAUCCACAUUCACAGUUCUCAGUCGCUUGAUGGUAUGUGAACUGGCUGCAAAUCCAUUCCAUUGUGGUUGCGAUCUCCUUGGCUUCUUGUUCUGGUUGGAGUCCUUCAACAACGUGUCACACACUUAUGACCGCCUCCAGUGUGAAACACCCAGGGAAAUGUUUGGCUACCCUUUACUGAGUCCUUUUGCUUCAAGUCACGCUGGCCGCAAUGCCAAAAACAUUUUGUACCAUCGUUGCAGAGAUGGUGUGAUGAUUCCAGGAAUGACAUCCCUACCACCAGACCUUGAUGGUCCUUCUGGAAUCGGACCAGAGAUGUUUGGUGGUGUUGGGCCAUACUACCAGCCCACCACCUCUUCUUCAUCUACAGAUGACAGCUUGAGCCCAAGCAUUAAGCUCCAUCAUGUUUCUUCGUCAUCAGCCUCUGUCAUUAUAAAGAUUCCAAGACCGUACAGCAAAAUGUAUAUUCUUACACAGUACAACAACACACUGGUGUCUGAUGUCACCAAUUUGAAAUUGACUAUACAAAAGAUAACUCUUGACAAGCUUAGGCCAAACAAUAAUUACACCUUCUGCGUGGGCUCUAUCCGUAACUCUCAACGUUAUAACCACACCUGUCUCCAGUUUACCACUCGAGGCCAAAGUCGGGAUGAGCUCCCCACCCCCUCAACCACUACUCACUACAUAAUGACCAUUGUGGGCUGCCUUUUUGGCAUGCUGAUUGUUAUAGGAAUUGUCUACUACUGUCUUCGUAAAAAACGGAUGCACGACGAGAAGAAAAAGUCCAUCUCUGUCAAAAAAACUAUACUUGAAAUGCGUUAUGGGCCAGAGGUGGCGGCAGCAGUGGCAAAUGAUCCAUCAGCAGUCCAAAAGCUUCAGGAGCAGUCCAGGGAGCAUCACCAAUAUCAGCAUCACCAUGGCGGAAAACUGUCCACAUCCUCAAGCUCUGGACUUCUACACUCAGCAAACACUACCUCCUCACGGCUUUCCUCUAUCCCACAAGUAGAAAAGAUGGCCUCUGCUUUCUCUGAGGCCAUGGCUACAAGUAAAGGAAACUAUAUGGAUGUGAGAACUGGAGGGGCAGGAAUGGAAAGAGUGGGGGAUGGUAGUCAUGGCGGGAGAAGGGGGGACGACCUGAGGGAUGAUGACGGAACUGAUCUUGGCGAUGAUUCGGACGAUGAUGGACACGGUUCUGCCUCAGAGAUCUCCACUAUUGCCAUGGAGGUGGACAAAGUUAACCAAAUCAUUAACAACUGCAUCGAUGCCCUUAAACUUGAUGCAGCAGCAGUUGCUGCUUCAGGCACCUCUACUAACCACCCAGCUUCUUCCAAUCCCACCUCCCCACCGCCCACCAGUACGUCCUCUGUCACUCGUGGCCUAAUCCCAGGAGGCACAGAGACAUGUCAGGUCAUUGCUCCAAACAAAUUACCACCUCCUCCACCCCUUCCUGCAUUAAACACCCCUCUCUCCGAACGACCAGGGAUCAGUGGUGGGGGCUUUGUUGUUACUCCCCCAUACAGGCACCCUCCCCCAGCCACAGCUGCACGUCCCAUUCAGCGCCAAAUGAGUGCAGAUGCAGCUGUUGUUAUGGCAAAUGCUAUCAAGAAACAAAGCAGUACCACAUCGUGUGGCUCCACUGGUCGAGACAGGGAUCGAGGAGGAUCACGAGUGUAUAGUCUGGAUGUUCCUGAACCAAGAAGCCCAGAUGCCUGUAACCAACAACAGCCACAGUACCCAGACCGAGCCAGUCCUGUGGGAUGUGGGGAGCCGCUGGAGAGACUGCCUUUAGUAGGGAGUGGGAGUUGCGGGGGAGGGGGUGGUGGUGGUUGCGACAGUGGUGGUGUUGGUGCUCAACAUCAGGACAGCCAGAAGUCACAUCAUUACCAUCAGCAACAACAGAUACAGCAACAGCAGCAGCUGGAGGUGCAGCAGGACUACCACUGCUCGGAGCACCGCCACUCUGUCCCAGCUCUCUACUACCAAGGGUCCCACCAUGGCUCCCCAGCCCAGCGAGUUUCUUUUCUAAAACCCCUAACGCGAUCCCGCAGGGACGCAGCUUCCUAUUCCCAGCUUUCCCCUGCCCGCCAACACUCCAGUUACUCUGGAUACUCUUCUAGCCCAGAGUACUCAUCAGAGAGCUCGCUACGUAUCUGGGAGCGGUUUCGUCCUUACCGAAAAGGGCCUCGUGACGAGGCCUGCUACGUGACAGCUGGAAAUGCCCUUCGAAAAAAGGUGCAGUUUGCUAAAGGCGAGGACCUGCAUGACAUCCUUGAUUAUUGGAAGGGUGUCUCUGCACAGCAGAAGUUGUAACAUGGGACAAAACAUAAGUUGAGUUGGAAAAGGAAUUGGAAUUUUAGUACUUUUUAUCCCGAUAAGCCCAUGGGCUAGAGAAACCAUUUGAAGUUUAUUCAGAGGAAAAAUAUAGGACAAAUUUUCCUUGUGGGCUUAUUUUUUUUCUUUUUUUGGCAUGCUAGCUGUAUAGGAUAUUGUGCUACAAGCAAGUACGGUGAAACUGUGCCUGGGAAUUUGACAUUCAUUACAGUGUUUUUUUAACAUUUCAUUGUAGCAUUUUUUUCUAUCUUACUUGUGCUUUUCAUUUAUUAUACAGGGAACAAAUGCCAAUUGUGUAAUUUAGUACUCUUUGAAGUGAUCAUGUUUUGUGAUCCUAUGGACCAUUUUUUAUCAGUGCCAUGUCUCAUCUCAAGCUCUGAGGUUGUUUGAUCCUAGAUGUUUCUUGUUGUGUAUUGGAUUUUCUCUCCAUUUCAACAUCUAAAAUAUAGUAUGAUUUGGACAACAUAGGUGAUUUGGACAAGGCGGGUUUUUACCUGCUUUAAAACAGGCCAAGGUAAAAAUAUUUCACCAACAAUCUGCACACUGCAGUAUUGUACCUUAUUCUCUUUUAAAAACAUUUUUUACAUUGAAAGAAAGUGAUCAUUUGCACACAAAAGCUCAGUUAAAGCAAUCAGGUCAAAACUAUCUACUAAGUUUUUCUAAAAGUGGUGGGAGAUAAGGAGAAGUAGUGGUUUAAUUUAAAGUUUUAACAAGUUUCCAGGUAACACUUUUACAUGGUUUACUGGGUAAAGUUAUUACAAAACAAACUCUCCAAAACACAGUGUUGUAAAAAUAAUAUUAUGAUUACUUAUCAGUACUAGAAUGAUUCUUUAGUUGAUACUAGGGGUGUGACAGUACAUCCAGCUCACAAAGCGAUCCAGAAUGGUGGGUACUUGAGAACAAGAUGAGAUCAGAUUUUACUAAUAUUUCUGGCAAAACUAAGAUUUAUAUUUUUUCACAAAUAAUGUAAAGAUUUCAGAAAUCACAGAUUGUGUUUUCAAAAAGCUUUAACCAAUGAAGAGUAACUGAUCCAAGUUUCAUCUGAUAAAAGUUUAAUGUUUCUGUCAUUACAAGGCGGGGCUUAUGCCAAACAAGGACAGAAAAUGCUUCCUUUUUAUGUUUUCACUAGUACAGUAAACAUCUACCUUGUUCACUGUGCUUUUCCACUUUAUGUUUGAGGAGUGUAAGCAUUUUAGUUUCCGAGCCAGAGAGGAUUCCAAUUCAUUACAGAGUCAUCAGAAAAUGUUAAAUUUUUCAGUUAUAUUGCCCUAUAAUUUCACACCGAUAGGAAGGAAGUUUCGAGCCAAAUGCCAGUUUUAGCAUCUUUAGCAGAGAUGGGUAACUUUUCUGCCAGGUAUUCAACGUGCUGCCAGAUAAAUGGCUUAACUGUGGCUUUUGUUUGACCUUGUGUUAGCCUGCCAGGAUGGCAGGAAGAUUGUAAGGAGGCACUGUCAACACAACAGAGCUACUGAAGAAUGCUGCUUUUUCUUGCUUCAAAAUGAGAGUCUCAAACAAAGAUAUCACAAGGUGUCAAGCUUGAAGCAUUUACCUUUGUUCCCAGGGCUUAUAAUAACAGCUUAGACUUACUUCACCCUGGAAGCAAUUGGAUUUAGCUUUGUGAGACAGACUUUGAGGCAUUUUUAUAUCCUUGGAUCCCGUGCCUCAAGCUUCUUUGUUACACCCCUAGUUGAUACCCACCUAAGGUUGUUCAACAUUAAAUUUGAGGUUCAAAUUAAUUCACGGAUGAGUUUGAAUAUCUCCCUUAAAAUCUCUCUCUCUCUCUCUCUCUCUCUCUCUCUCUCUCUCUC